AAGCUUGGGAUGUUGACGUUUAAUCAUCUUAAACCCACUCUUCCAGUCACCUGGGAUGGUCUGGGUGCUCGUCGGGAUAAAGGCCAUGUUCGUGCCUGGAAUGACCUCGUCACUCGUGACAAAAUUAGUCUUGGUUGUCCUGAUAGAGGAUGCCGCUCCUUCCACUGGAGGAGGUUGCUCCCUGAGCUUCCUUCUGACCACUGGAAGGAAUUGCUGCAAGUACAUUUUGUAGCCUUCCCGCAGGGUCAAGGCAUGUAUGCCUGCUUUGCCUGUAAAAUUCUAACUUCGCCAACUGAGAUAUGGAGUGGCCUUCUUCAAGGUUGCCCAUCUCAGCCGGCUAUCCUGUUCCUGGCAUAUGUCAUUAACAGGCUUCUCCAGGCAGGUCAUACAGAAAUCUGCUUGGUUCUGGACUCGCUUCCAGGUCCUUUGGACACCAAUAUCACCAAGGUGAACUCGGUUGGUACUGUUGCUCAAGCACUUCAGACUAACCCUGCUGCACACAUCUAUUGGAGAAAAACAGCCUCUGGUGACUUAACUCACCACUCGGAAGCUGCUAUUGCAGCUUCAAAUGCAGUUCUCCGACUUGAACUGGACUUCUGGAUAGAUCCAGUUUCUAACCGGCACAUGGCUCAGUCCUGGCUCAGGAAACAAUGGGUUUCUCGUUGGGAUAACUCAUCCAUUUACAGACAAACCAAGUACUGGUUCCCUGAGCCAGACUCGGAUAAGUCUGCUACACUCCUGCGCAAAACUAGGGAUGAAUUUGGCCUCAGG